GACGCCGCUCGAGGCUCCGCAGCUCCCGCCACCCCAAGCAGCCGGUCACCUGGAGACAAAGCAGGAGCCUCGCUCUCUCCACACCCGCAGGGCCGUUCUCAGCCCCUAGUCCUUGCUGCGGGCCGCCGACCCCGCCCAGGCCGGCUGGGCUGAAGACCCCAAAGGCCGCCCCCUCCCUAGCUGCAGCACCGACCCUCCUCCAACUUCCUCCCUUUUUCUCCCCGUGCGCCGCGGACACGCUCCAAAUCUAAGCGAUCACCACGGCCACUGGCACGCAUAUCUGCGCGCACCCGUGGCCACUGCAGACAGCGAACGUAUCCACACCCCCAUUCCCAGCGUCCCGCGGGUCUUCCACUACCAGCACCAGGACCGAGUAACAGGCCUUCGAGGGCACCGCACCGCCAGCCAGCACUGCAAGUGAGUCGCGGUGCCCGAGUCUCUACGACAGUCCGGCCCCCGGAUGCAGCAGGUUCUGCUGCUCGAGGCUCGUCCACUGCGUGGCCGCGGCAGUCGGAGGAAGCCCUCAGUCUCCCGCUGUCUAUGGAUGGUGCGGCUGGUAUCGUCUGCAGCGCACUCGCAGACCGGGCAGGGCUCCCAGACACGUCCGAGAGAACGAACGCAGUAGCUGCCCUGAAACCUCGGCCUGAAUGGGUACAAGGAAAAGCCGAGUCCCGUCAGUUAAACAACCACCUCAGUUCCGCAAAUCCUCCGCAACGGGCCCAAGCACCCGAGAAAAGUCAAGGCUCCAGACCAGCUCGUACCGCGCAGCCGCUACUCGGGGGUCUCCGGGAGCCGGCCGCGAGGCUCUGGCCGGCUGCCGCAGCCCAGUGUCGUGGAGCGGGGCCCCAGCUCCCGGGACUGAGCGGAGAGCACGCGCUGCCUUCCCAGCCGGCCCUGAGAAGCUUCACCACUCCCUCGCGCGGAAUCCCGGCCCGAGCCGUACUUCGGCCAAGUGCCCGUAGCCUUUCCACGGAUGACCCCUCACCAAACUGGACCUGCAGGGGAAGGGAACCCGACCCACCUGAUCGCCGCCUCCCACCCAGCGACAAGUGGGACGGGUACGUGCAUCUCUGCCUGCACGUGCUCGGGAAGGGAGCAGGAGGUGGAGCCGAUCUGACUCCGGUGUUUGUGUUCCGUCGGCACCCGGCCCGCUCCCGGGGAUUCGGAGGGACACCUAGCCUGUCUCCCGCGCGGAACCUCCGAUAAGAGGCAGAGCCCUUCGCGGGGCGAGUGAAGAAAGAGGCCAGGAGCUGAUCCCCGGAGGCGUCUGUUCGUAGCCCCGAAGCGAGAAGGGGCUGAGCGCAGAGCAGGUAAAAUAGGGAAAUGAAAAAAGAACUCGAAAAAAAAAAAAAAUCCUUUUAAGAAAAAAAAAAAAAAAAAAAAAGCCCAGAAGAAUCUCGGCCUUCAGGUGGGAGAGAGGAUGGUAACUCUGCUCGGGGAGUUAGGAUCCUAGAGACUGGUGGGGCUCUCAGAGAGACGCCAGGGAGGCGCGGUGAGGCCAAGGAAGGCGGCGCGCAUGGUGAGCGGUGUAGAGAGCGAAGUGCUCCCCCCCACACCCCUUUUCCCUGCGCGCUCCUAUCCCCUUCCUCCUUGGUGCCCGCGGCCCCACUCCCACUCCUGCUGGGGGGGACGGUACCCCUUUGGGUCCGCACCCCCAUAUCUGUUUUGCUAAUGUGGAUUAUGAGUUCUCACCGUUACCCCUCACCGCUAGGAGACAGCCGUGGCCGGGGAGUGGGGGCAAGGUCGGUCGGGAGAUGCAACACCCUGCCACGGGGGAGACCCGGUUAGACGGAAUAAAGAAACUCAAUUUAAGGAUCACCUAACCCCCCCCCCCCCCACCCCAGAACGAAGAAGGAAGGGUCCUCAGUUGCAGAGGAGCAAGUCAGCGAGGCGUUUGUCCCGCUGCUGGCCACCUCGGUCAGUUUUAUGCUGCAUAAGCAGACAUAGAACGUCAGCGAGACAGCACAGCCCCUGGUUAAAGUCUUCUCAGCACAUCCUCCCGCGAAUCCUGAGCCAAGUGUGGGAGGCCAGGGGUUCCCGGAUGGACUCAAGGACCCAUGGCCCGUUCUGCCUCGGGAUUUCGUCGCAAGAGGGAGAGAACGAGGGCGUGCACGCGGCGAAGUGGACGCAGAGGCCAGAUGUCUACCCUGACCGUGGCUUGGAGCUGCUGCCUUCGACCUCAGGUGGCGGCCACGGGUGAUCUCUGAGCCUUAGCCGCCCGGUGUAGUAGCACCCGGGGAAAAUAACAGAACUCCUGUGCCCGCUGGGAGCCCCAAACCCGACCUAGUGCUCCGAGCUCUCCGUGGGGUUGGCCGACGCAGACGGGGACAGGAAAAGAACCACUACGGCAGAAGCCGUAGUGGUUGUCAUCUGCUUCUGUGCAGCUCCGCCGCCCCCGCGUCGUCUGCUUUAGCGACCCUGUGAACACUUUAAAACAACAACAAAAAAUAAAACACACACACACACCAAAAAAUCAAAGGCAUCAGGGAAAGCAAAUGGUUAAGCGCACUUAUUUGGGACACGAAGAGGAGGUCGUCUCGGAGUCUGCUGUUCAUGCAGCCCAGACUGUGCUGGGGAGCUUUGGCAGAACACCCCACGCUCUUCCCGCCCUCUCCCACAGGGGCCGGAGGUCCUCUGGAAAGGGACGGUGUGGGAAGAGCAGGUGGGCUCUCUGCUCCGGUCCGGUCCUGGAUGUCGCCCUCGCAGACACAAGCAGAGCUAUGCCCACUCCUGCCUCCGCCAGGAGAGGAGGAGAGGGAGUAAGGAGGAUGGCUUGGACUGAGAGAAAGGAGCAAGAAUGAAGUGGGGCAAUGAUCUGAAAAAUGAGAUAGGAAAUCUACAGCCCUUGCCCAGACCACAGGCGUUGCCGGUGUGGUGUCUCCGAGUUCCGAAAUCGACUUAACUGAAAUGUACGGCCCUAGCCCGCCUCCCCAGCCUCGGAAGUAGCCGGAGCGCCUUCCCAUCGCUUAAUGUCUUUAUUAAACUUUGUAUCUAUGCUCCUCUAAAGAACAGAUUACAAUUUCAUAUGGUAAAAAUAUUUUCCGCUCGUUGUCUUACGGUCCGGAAGCCGCCUGCCAGAGAGGACGAGCCGGAGUUCGCGCUCUGCGGAGAGCAAAACUCCAGGCACACGCUCCCCUUUCCACAUCCGUGCGUUUCCUCGAAGACUCCAAGGGGGAUCUGAUUCACUGGAAAAGCAUCAUUUGCUGAGCUGAACUUUGCCCACGAGUGUUUGAUUUUUAUGCUUUGAUUUUUCCCCCCACGCAGCACCAAUGCGUUUUCCAAAAAUCACUGUAAUUCUGAAUCACCGCUGACAGCAGGAGACCUUUGGCGACACCUGGGUGUGGGGCGUGUUCGCAGGGGAACCCACUGUCUAGGGGGAUCAGGCGCCUAAGCUGGGAGAGGUUGCGGCUGGGCGCGGCCGGGUUACGUGAUAAGGAUCCGUGUUCCGGGGCUGCCGCCUGGCUUCCUUUCCCAACAGCCCAUCGCGAACCGCGCCAGCCUCGGUGGGAACCUCGCUCUGCGACCGAAAAUCCCCGAGGGCCCAGCGCGUGCCAGGCCGGCCUCGGCCCCAGCUCCAGGCGUCAGAGAAGCUAGUGUCGUGGCAACUGCAAGCGAGCCACCACCCUUCCCGCCACGCCCGCUAUAACUUGGCUCCCAGCUUGGGCCGCUGGGAGCGCGCCCCUUCUCGGGCCUGGGUUGAAGGCCCAGGCCGCCUGCGCAUUGGUGAUUCCGGCGAUUGGUGCAUGGAGGGAGGUGUGUGGAAUGUUAAAGGCGGAGAUCACCCUCAGGGCAUCAUCCUUCACCGAGUCGCACAAAUCCAGUAACUGCAAAACAUGACACAAAGUGACAGAUCAGAUGUUGGCUCACUUACAGCGCGGGGUGCCAUUGGCUUUGCGCCCACUCCCAAGCACCUGCACAGGUAGCCACUGGGGAAACUAGUUUCCCUUGGGAUUUCCCGGGACCCAGGAGGGUAGAGGCCGUUGGUCAUGAAUAACCAUCACAAGACUUAUCUUAGAAAUUCCUAAGUCUGUGACAGCUGGUCCUGCAGAAGUCCACUUCUUCCAUACAGGGUUGGGGGCAGGCUCCAAAUUAGAUGGGAAUCUCAGGACCAAGGCCUGGGAAUUUUAUCAGCAUUCCCCUUGCCUGCCCUGCCCUGCCCUCCCCUCUCCUCCAGUCCCCAUCCUUUUCCUCACCUCCACCUCUGGAGUGCCUGGGGUGCCCCCCUCUGGCGUGCUGACGCAAUUGAACAGGAAGAGCAUCAGACAGGUGAACCCAUUGGAGACUAGCCCCGGUUCUCUCCAGACUAGCACCUCCCCACCCCUGGCUGGCAGCAGGCCAUAGUUCCCGAAAUGCAGGCACAGUGGGACUAGGGGUACCAAGACCAAGCACUGGCAUCUCUGUGCAUCUUACACCUGGUUACUGCAGCAAAUCAACCUGCAGUUAAGGCGAAUACCGAGGAACCUGGCAGAUGUCCAUGUGUAUUCUGAUAACCAUUGGAAAACACAAAUAUGACAUCUCGGCAGAAGGGAGGGGGAAAUGUAAGCUAGUGAUUUUGGAGGAGCUGCAUUGGGUGUAUUUUAAUUUCAUUUUCCAUGGAUUAGGUGCCAAUGCAUUUUUUUUCUUUUUA